AAAAAAAAAAAACAAAAAAAAAACGUGUUUUCUUUGUAUUUACUAUAUAAGUAGUAAACAACAACAAUAAUUGUCAUGUAAACUUCAAUCUCAUGGCUUUUGCUACAUUUACUUCAACCCAUCUAUGCAUUCUCACUCCACACCAACAUGGUAGGCAGCUUUUUUCGCAGAGAACAUCUAGCAAGGUCUCUGCAUCUCUCAAUCCUACUAAACCUUCCACUUCUAAUCAGACGGUUGUUAGGAGGUCAGGAAAUUACAAACCUUCCAUAUGGGAACAUCACUAUCUCCAGUCAAUCUCUAGUGUAUUUACGGGAGAAGAAUACACAAGGAGAGCCGACGAGCUGAAGGGAAGAGUGAAGAUGAUGCUUGAACAAGUGAUGGAUCCAUUGGAUCAACUUGAACUUAUCGAUGUUUUGCAGAGGCUUGGAUUAUCCUAUCACUUUAUGGAUGAAAUAUCAAAAACAUUGGAGAUUAUAAACUCCAGCAGUACCAGCUGGGAUAAUUGGAAAGAUAAUUUAUAUGCUACAUCUCUUCAAUUUAGAAUCCUCCGACAACAUGGGUUUCAUGUCCCUCAAGAUGUUUUCAGUAGUUUCUUGGAUGAUAUGGGAAAAUUCGAGGGAGGCCUUUGUGGGGAUACCAAUGGAAUGCUAUGUCUGUAUGAAGCUUCAUACUUUUCCAUUGAAGGUGAAAGAAUCUUGGAGGAGGCCAAAGAUUUCACAACCAGACAUCUCAAAGAAAACCUUGAGCAGAACAUGUACAUGGAUCAAAAUCUUGCAAUGCAAGUAGGUCACUCUUUGGAGCUUCCACUCCAUUGGAGGACCCAAAGAUUAGAGACAAGGUGGUUCAUAGAUAUAUAUGAACAGAGACAUGACAUGAAUCUUCUAUUGCUUGAGCUUGCCAAAUUGGAUUUUAACAUGGUGCAAGCAACACAUUUGGAAGAAAUGCAACAUAUGACAAGAUUCUUUUGUAGGUGGUGGAAAGAUAGAGGCUUAACAGAAAAGUUAGGGUUUGCUAGGGAUAGGUUGAUGGAGAGUUACUUCUGGACUAUAGGUGUAUUUUCCGAACCUCGAUCCGGAUAUGCAAGGAGGAUGACUACAAAACUGAUUUCCCUAAUAUCAGCUGUUGAUGAUAUUUACGAUGUUUAUGGUACCAUUGAUGAAUUGGAGCUAUUUACAGAUGCCAUUGAGAGGUGGGAUAUCAAUGCUUUGGAGCAGCUUCCUUAUUAUAUGAAGAUAUGCUUCAUUGCUCUCUAUAACUCCAUUAAUGAGAUGGCCUAUGAUGUUCUUAAGGAAAACGGUUCUUAUAUUAUUUCAUAUAUGAAGAAAAUGUGUGCAGAACUGUGCAACGCCUACUUAAUUGAGGCAAAGUGGUACCAUAGUGGAUAUACACCAACCUUAAGCGAAUACCUUGGCAAUGCAUGGAUGUCAAUUUCGGGUCCUCUAAUACUGAUUUAUGCUUAUUUUUUCAUUACAAAGCUCGUAACAAAGGAAGCCUUGGAAUACUUAGAGAAAUAUCCAAGCAUACUCCGGCACACGUCGAUUGCUUUUCGACUUGCAGAUGACUUGGGAACUUCUUCGGAUGAGCUCAAAAGAGGGGAUGUCCCGAAAUCAAUCCAAUGUUACAUGCACGAAACAGGUGCCUCCGAAGAAGAAGCUCGUGAUUAUAUAAAGUGCUUGAUAGGUGAACAUUGGAAAAAAAUGAAUGAAGAUCUAUUUUAUGUUUCUCCCGUGUCCAAGAGUUUCGUUACGGUUGCAAUGAACCUUGCUAGGACGGCGCAGUACAACUACCAAUAUGGAGAUGGUUUUGGCGUUGGAGACCGGGAGACUAAGGAUCGCGUACUAUCAAUUCUUAUUGAGCCUAUAAAGGAUUGAAACUUUUGGGACAAUUUCGACGAACCUAUUGACUAAUUUCUGAUCGGAAACUAUUCUGUAUUACAAAUUAAGCACGAUACAGAUUGAUUAAUAACAAUUUCAGGAUUCUCUUUGCUUAAACAA